UUGAAAAGACAGCAGCUUUGACCUCACUCUUCCCCUUCUCUUUCAAACAAAGCUUUCCUCCUUUCCCCAACCGGCCGGUGAAGGAAAAAACAAGAAAAACACUAACCAAAACAAAGCUGGAAUAUUUUGUACGUACAAAAUCUCAUACCCAUCUUUCUAAACCAGAUCCAAAUACAAGAGUGAAAAUCCGAGCGAUGAGUGGUGGGAAUUGAUUCUGAGCAGUGAUAUAUAGCUGAGCAGGGCGUCAAAAUCUGAGACAUGGGUAGGCCAAGGAGUCUUCGCAGCAAAGCGGCCCACUUUGUUACUGAUAUCACUACUGGAUUGCUCAACCCCAUUUCUGACAAACCCUCCAAACCCUCUCCUUCUCCUCCUCCUCCUCAGGAAGAUGUGGAUGGGUCCAGAGGAAGUCAAAAUGGAACAAUGAGUGAAGAGAUGCCAGCUAAUCCAGUUGAUGGGCCUGACAAGUAGAUCUGUACCACUUUACGGUGCAAACCCUCUUCUUGGUGACGGAGAUAGAUAGGCAACUAGGAUAGACAGGACGAGCGACAGCAGACUAAUUAGCAAGGACAAGCGCAAAUCUCUCUUGGACGAGCAUGUCCACUAGGUAAAAUGAUGAUAGGAUACGACCGUUUCAGUCGCGUUGACAAUAAAGGAGUGUGCGGCCGUGUUCCGUCAGUAGAUUGGUCAUUACCAGCCUCUCAGUUUGUAUAUUGACUUCUAUCUCCUAUAUAAACGGAAGUGAUCAUAGUUGUGUUCCAGGAAACUUCUUUGCACAUGGAACCGCACGGUUCGGAGAGCACUGAAUUAGAAUGAGAGGUUCACACCCUCUGGUCUACUUCUACCCUUUGCAAUUAACAUUUUGAUCCACACAUUUCCUUGUCAAUCAUAUUUUUGUCUGUGUAGUAGUCAAGUACAGCACGUGCUGUGAGUUUGCAUAUGUUGAUUGAAAAGUAAGCAACCUCUAUGAAUUAGUAGCGUGUGUAUAUAUAUUAAACUAUCUCCAACCAGUUUCUCUUGUAACUCUCCUCAGUGAACAAUUCCACACACUUUGCGUAUCUAUUAUUCAAACAAUGGAGAGAGUUACUUGGUUCUUCUUGGUAUACUUGAUCUGUUGUGAGGCGGCUAGCUGCUUGACUACGGCAACACAAACCAACCUUAACAUCACCACAGACCAGUCUGCUCUUCUUGCUCUAAAAGCCCAUAUCACCAGUGACCCUCAAAACAAGAUCCUGAUCAAUUGGUCAACCACCACCCCUAUUUGCAACUGGGUUGGCGUCAUUUGUGGUGCACGCCAUCAUCGAGUCGCAGAGUUGAACCUCUCUUACUUUGGUCUCGCGGGCACCAUUCCUCCUGAGCUAGGCAACUUAUCAUUGCUUGUUGAUCUGGACAUCCAAAAUAACAGUUUCCAAGGUACCUUGCCUCACGAGUUGACUCGCCUGCGCCGGUUGAAGUUCAUUAACUUGGGAUACAACAAGUUUAUGGGAGUGAUACCGUCAUGGUUUGGGUCCUUGUCCAAACUUCAAGGAUUCAUGUUGUUUGGUAAUCAAUUUGCAAGUUCUAUACCAGCUGCUAUCUUCAACUUAUCUGCUCUUCAAAUACUUAAUCUGAGUCAUAACCAACUCUCAGGUAGAAUCCCCAGAGAAAUCAGGAACCUAACAACGUUGAAGGCGAUCAACCUUGAUUAUAAUAAUUUUAUAGAAAUUCCAAAUGAGAUCGGCACCUUGAAUCAGCUUGAAGAGUUGUUUGUGCAAAAUAAUGCCUUAAAAGGGCCUAUUCCUAUGGUCGUCUUCAACUUGUCAUCUUUGACUAGAGUAAAUUUCUAUGGAAACAAGUUGAAUGGUAGAAUUCCCGACAAUAUAUGUCAACAUCUUCCAAAUAUCCAAGAGUUGAAUUUGGGAAGGAAUCAGUUUGAUGGUUCACUUCCAUCCAAGUUAUGGCAAUGCAAACAACUUCUUGUAUUAAAUUUGGUGGAUAACAAGUUCAGUGGAAGAAUACCCAAAGAUAUUGGGAACUUAACUAGGAUAAAGACGAUUGGGUUUCACACCAACAGCUUAACAGGUAUUCAUAAUCUCAAUUGCAUAUUUAUUUAAUUACCAUUAUAUAUUUUUAUAAACCGGUUCAUAGAAUUAUCAAUCUAAAAGAUGAUGUGGUCAUUUUAUAUUUUGAUAAUCAUAUUAUAUUGUUCUAACAAAUUUAUACCUGUUUUACAUUAGUCUAAUGUAUUCCAAUAGUACUCUUUUUACGUUACACAAAUCUUAAUAUAAUUUUCUAAAAUUUUUGAUAAUUUUUCUCCCACUAUCUUUUUAUCUUCAUUUUAUCUCUCCCCUCACUUUCCCAUGUUUAGGAAAAG